ACCAAAGAAGGAACUAGAAACGAAACAAAAAAAAGAAAGAAAGAAAGGAAAAAACAACAUCGACUGUCUAUCCGAGUUGGACUCUCCUUUGUUCCACCUCACACUCACACCCCCUCUCUUUCAGACACCCAGGUACAUCUAGCUUUUAAUUGAGUACAUAUCUUCUGGAUCAUCAAAUAAACGUGGGUAAUUGACUAUUGAAUCGACACCUAAUGGGGGCUGGGGAAGAAAGCACUCCUGCAAAGCCUUCAAAAGCUACUUCAACUCAGGAGACACAAGCUACACCUUCAUAUCCCGAUUGGUCAAGUUCUAUGCAGGCUUAUUAUGGUGCUGGAGCUGCACCUCCCUUCUUUUCCCCAACUGUUGCUAGUCCUACUCCCCAUCCAUACAUGUGGGGAGGCCAGCAUCCGCUUAUGCCUCCUUAUGGUGCUCCAGUCCCAUAUCCAGCUUUAUAUCCUCCUGCUGGAGUUUAUGCUCAUCCUAAUAUGCCCAUGACUCCAAACCCACUGCAGGCAAAUCCAGAAUCAGAUAGUAAGGCACCUGAUCCCAAGGACCAGAGUACAAGCAAAAAAUUAAAGGGAUAUACAGGUGGCAAGGCAGGAGAAAGUGGGAAAGCGACUUCAGGUUCUGGAAAUGACGGUGCCACAAGAAGUGCUGAAAGCGGAAGUGAAGGUUCAUCAGAUGCAAAUGAUGAAAAUGAUAACCAUGAAUUUUCUGCAAACAAGAGUAGAAACUUUGAUCUAAUGCUUGCAAAUGGAGCCAGUUCUCAGAACAAUCCUGCAACAGGGAAUCCGGUUGCUAUGCCUGCAACUAAUCUGAAUAUCGGAAUGGAUUUGUGGAAUGCAUCAUCUGCCGGUCCUGGAAUGAUUAAAAUGCGAUCAAAUCAAUCUGGUGUCGCACCAGCUCCUGGGAUAGGACGUGAAUGGAUUCAGGAUGAACGUGAACUUAAAAGGCAAAAGAGAAAGCAAUCAAAUCGAGAAUCAGCUAGGAGGUCAAGAUUACGCAAACAGGCUGAGUGUGAAGAGCUACAACAGAGGGUAGAGACAUUGAGCAAUGAGAAUCAUGCACUCAAAGAGGAGAUGCGAAAGCUCUCUGAGGAAUGUGAGAAGCUUACCUCGGAGAAUAAUUCGAUAAAGGAAGAGUUGACGAGGUUGUGUGGGCCAGAGGGGGUGUCCAAGCUAGAGAGUAAUGCCAAUGCCACGCAUCUUCAGUCCAAUGUUGAGGAAGCUAACAGUUAAGGACAAGCCAUGACAGAGUAGGUGAUUUUGGUUAAAAUGCUCACAAAUCUCUUACGGCUCUCAAGAAAUUUAUAGCUUGUAUGUGCAAUAGAAUGAGAAAUUUCUGUUUUUCUACUAAUUUAUGCCCUUUUAACUGUUUUGAGUUAAUUUGUAAUAUUAAUUCAUGAAUUUGUAACCCGGGUUGAAUUUGAAUAUAUGACAACAUUGUAAAAGUAACUGAAUAACCGAAACAUAAAUUUUCAGGUCCUCCUAGUCUAUUCCAUCUUGCUUA